CCUGAUGAUCUAACUCCCGAGUUAUUCUUUUAUUAACUAUUCCACGCUGCAUUCUUUAAACAGCCGUUUUGCGAGCCUCUAACACGCAGCUUAACUCUAUGCCUGUCAGACGACCCGACACGACAAAGGAUAAAAAAUGACAGAAGCUUCCUGUUAUUAUUAUACGUCACCUAUUCCAAUUAUAAUCUGCGAAGUAAACAGCUCCAUACAACUACUUACCAGUAAUGAUUACGCAUAGUAGGUGAAAAAAAAAAGCCAAGCGUUGCAUCGAUCGCUCUUGUCUCUUUCUCUCUUCUGUUUCCAAUUGACUGUCGCACAAUGUCUGGGGAGCAAUUCUCAUUGGUGUGGAACAGCUUUCCGAGGAACCUGUCUUCCGGUUUGUAUACGUUGUUGACAGACGAGCACCUUGUCGAUGUCACCCUCGCUGCGGAGGGGCAAAUCCUGAGGGCUCACAAGUUAAUACUCUCGGUCUGCAGUACAUAUUUCAGAGAACUUUUUAAGGGAAAUUCAUGCAAGCAUCCUAUAGUGAUACUAAAGGAUGUCAAUUAUCGAGAUUUAUCGGCGAUGCUGCAUUUCAUGUAUCAGGGGGAAGUUAACAUUAAACAAGAGGACAUCGCUAGCUUCCUAAAAGUUGCCGAAACCCUGCAAAUAAAAGGUCUUACUAAGGAUACACAAAGUGAGGAGAAGUUUUCGAAGGAGGCGGAAGAGCUGGACCAGCUUCUGCAGGCAGACAAGAACGAUGCAGAGUCCGUAGAGCCGGAUACAUGUUUGGAGACCUUCGAGAACAUGCCUGGACCCAGAGAAGACGUGGACUUCAAUCUCCAGGAGGCGAACUCCAGCCGGGAGAACCCGGAGGUGCCAACAGACAGGGAAAUGCAGUCUGACGAGACCGCUAAUCGACCAGGAACUGAGAACGAAACGGAGCAUGCUAUGCAAAACAUCCGGAACAUGUUCACCGAACAUUGCGGAAACGCGGAGCAGUCUUCUAGUACCGGAGAAGAGCCUUUAGAUUAUACUUCCGAUGUUGGGAGAUUCACUAAAACGAAACAAGAGCCUCCGGAUUAUGCUUUCGGGGUCGAGGCGGACGCAGGGUACAAACAUUUCAGGAUGAACAAAACUCCUCGUCCAGAAGGAAGUGUACAAAACCAAGACUUUGUGCCAAAUUCUCAACUGAUGUCGUACAAUCCAAGUUGCCAAGACGAAUCCAUAGGUAUGCUUCCAACACCACGACUGCACAGCUCGGAGGCGCCCUUCCAGGGCGACUUUGCAUACGACUCUACGAGCUACAGCAGGGGCAGAAGGACCGUGAAGGGCAUCCCCGGGAGCAGCCUCCCCCUGGAGACGACUCUGCGCGUCGUCUCCGAGCUGGGGCCGACGUUGCGCAUGGAGAGGGGCAAGGUCAUCCGCAUGUACUCCUGUCCCUGGUGCCUACGUCACUUCACCCGGAAGGAGAACCUUAAGCUCCACGUGCGGUAUAUACACGGCCCCCUCGAAAGCCUAACCUGCAAGCUCUGCGGCAACAAGUACAAGAACAGCAACAGCCUCCGGGUGCACUCCUACCUCUACCACAACGCCAAGCGGAACAAACACAACAAGCCGCCCCUCGUCAGCGGAAACGCGUGAACGCCGAAGCUUCUCCAAGGGGCCGAUAGUGUCAACGAACAAUCUCUUUGUUACAUACAUAUGCAUAGAUAUAUAUCUAGAUACAGGGUAGAACGGCCAGGGUGGACGCGUUAAGGCGAUGUGAAACACGUCGAGGAACUUGAUCGACGUCGUUCCAUAUUUUCCCUUUAAUUGAUUAUUCUAACGACUGUUUAAGACCAGCGGCGCCAUCUGUGACGUUUCGCUGUAACUAAAUUUAUCCUCUAAGGACACGCGUUAAUCAGCAUCCUCUUGCAACUGUUCAUGAAAGUAUUUUCCAUAUUUUCCCUUGAAUUAAUUAUUCUAACGACUGUUUAGGACUAACGGCGCCAUCUGUGACGUUUCGCUGUAACUAAAUUUAUCCUCUAAGGACACGCGUUAAUCAGCAUCCUCUUGCAAUUGUUAGUGAAAUUAUUUUCCAUACUUUCUCAUCCUCUCUCGCCUUGUCUCUUCUGUCCAUCCUGGCUGUUACAUCCUGUACAUAUAUCUAUAUAUUAUAUUAUACAAAAUAUGUAGUGCCGAAUGAAAAUUGUUAUUAUAUUUAUACCGAGGACGCGCCUGCGCGCUGAGAGGUUUUUCCACUGAUAACGAGUCCGGAGGUUUGAUAUACUGGGCGACCUGAUAAUCAAUCGGCGAUCCUGAGAAGCAGUGCCGGCCUUUCACGUUUGCAGAUGCAAAGAAAGAAACUAAAGAGGGUUCACUUCUGCGCUGAAAACGGAUUUUUUGCCAUGGUCUUGUUAAUCAAGUCUGAAAUUAUCGAGAAACUCCGCGAGAGGGCGACGGUGCGGCGUCGCGCGCCAUUUUUGAAGUUUUUUAAUUCGCCCACUCUACGUGGCUCUUUCGGUUAAUUUAUUCAGUGCCAAUGACAUUGUAAAUAACAUUACUCUAGUUUCUUCCCGCAUUUGUUUGUUAGACCCGUACCUAUUAUUGUAUUCUACAUUAAACAUGUUAAUUAUAAA